CAUCCCAAUACUCGCCGGUCGCCGUGUUCCGACUGUUGACUCUACUCGGAACCAGGUGGAGAUCAUAUGCGGACGAGGAUGCGGCGAUAUGCGGGAAUAUGUUUGUUGAUUGAAGUUGUGGGACCCGAUGAUUGCCUGAGCAAUCAUACGAUCGCUUUCGCACACGCCGAGGCAUAAUGAUGUCGGAUUACCAUCGCGCUGCUCCAGACCACGCACGACUGACUCGCAGGGUCCAUGAAACUGGGGAUCUACCUCGCUCCCGCGUCCUGCAUCGGCCGGCAUGACGGAGCACCCUGGUCCCCAAAGCGACGCCAAGCGCCAUCGAUCAAUCCGGCGCGAGAGCAGUACCCGUCCCGUUCCCACACCCUUGCUCGCGGAGCUCGCCACUCUGGCGGUCCCCUCACCCCUCAUGUGCUUUCGUUCUCGCCACCUGCCUGUUCGCCGCGCUUCCCCGCCACUUUGCACGCCCUUUUUCACCCAAUCGCCCGCGUUGGGCUCGGUAUCCCAUGCCCGCCCGGCUCACUCUUGCCCACUCUUGCCCACUCCGCUGCAGCGCAUGUCCUCGCUUCAUCGCCUCGGCCAUCUCUAUCGCUGCUCGCCCCUGUUGUCGUGCAUCGCUUGUUCCCAGCAGACGCGUCUCCCCCUCCGGUGCUGGUUGGUCGGAAUUGCGGCCACUCCUUAUUGCCAACAGGCGCGUUCCCUGGCAGCCACACUCUGGCUGCACCCGCACGCGUUGUCGCUGUCUCCCGUGAUGAUAUCCCGCCAAUCGCAUCGGCACCCUGCGGCAAACGCGCGGCGGAUUUUUCGGAUUGGCUCGAAUUGGGCCAUCCAGGGGCGUCGCCGAUUGGCCGGAAUUCGGCGCGAGCCACGGCGGCUGCCUCGUUCGCCGGCCCGCCAGACGCAAGCAAGGUCGUCGUCGUCCCAAACCCUUUCAUCCCACUUGGGCCGACCUCGUGUCUGCCCUCCAGGCCGCCUGGUCGUCCUGUCCCGGCCGGGUCCUGCAACAAACACGCCCGAAUUCCAGCAAAUCAACUCGCGCCGCCCGAGGUGCCGGUGGAACGGUCUGGAUGGGAAAGGAAGUGUGGGAAUGCCGCUCGUAUCGGCUUGCCCAGCGCACUCGGCUCACUCGGCAGAUUGAGAGCGAAGGCGCGGGCCAGGCCGCAAGUGUAUGCUCGCUGGGAAAAAAAAAAGUUUGCUUCUGGCUCCCGCGCUCGGCACACCCGGAAAACGAUAAAUGGACC